AUGUGUAAAGUUUGCACCAACCAUAACUAUGAGAUUGCAGAGGAAUUGAGAAAAGCAGCUGCUUCCGCUUCUCAUGCUCAGCCUGCAAAUAUUUCGAGCUUAGACGAGUUCAACUGGGCAAAGAUGGAGCAAAAGCUACAAAGAUUUCAAGUGCCACGUCAUUUUCUCAAAGAAAUACCAUUGCAGGCUGUGAGAUUAGAUCCCAAGGGGUUGCAUGGUCGGGCGCAGCAAACUACUUUAGAGUACAUAUUGAUGCUGGAUGUGGAUCGCUUGGUUUGGAGUUUUAGGAAAACCGCUGGCCUUCCCACUCCAGGGCAGCCCUAUGGUGGCUGGGAGGAGCCAACCGGUGAACUCCGUGGCCAUUUUGUAGGGCAUUAUUUGAGCGCAACAGCACUAAUGUGGGCAAGCACUUACGACCAAAGAGUCCAACAGAAAAUGACCCAUCUUGUAGAUGCCUUGUCUGAUUGUCAGCAGAAAUUAGGUACCGGAUAUCUUUCUGCUUUUCCAUCCGAGCAAUUUGAUCGUGUCGAAGCUCUUCAAAAUUGUUGGGCUCCAUACUAUACCAUUCACAAGAUAAUGGCAGGUCUUUUGGAUCAACAUACGGUUGCCGGUAACCCUAAAGCACUGAAAAUGCUGAUUUGGAUGGUAGACUACUUCUAUAACCGUGUGCAGAAUGUGAUAUCCAAGUACAGUGUGGAAAGACAUUAUCUAAUGCUUAAUGAAGAGCAUGGUGGCAUGAAUGAACUUCUGUAUAGAUUAUACGACAUUACGAGAGAUCCAAAGCAUUUCAUGCUAGCUCGUCUUUUCGACAAACCAUGCUUCCUAGGAGGCCUAGCCGUACAGGGGGACGAUUUAUCUGGUUAUCAUUCCAAUACACAUAUCCCUAUUGUCAUUGGAUCUCAAGUGCGAUAUGAAAUUACUGGGGAUCCACUCUAUGAGGCAAUAGGUAGCUACUUCAUGGACAUCGUAAAUUCUUCUCACUGCUAUGCUACAGGAGGAACAUCCGUUAGAGAAUUUUGGACUGAUCCGAAGCGGUUGGCAACAACCCUAGAGACGCAAAAUGAAGAAACAUGUACAACGUAUAACAUGCUGAAGGUAUCUCGGCACCUGUUUCGAUGGACCAAGGAGAUGGCAUAUGCAGAUUACUUAGAACGAACAUUAACAAACGGUAUUCUUAGUGUUCAGAAAGGAACAAAAGCAGGGGUGUUUAUCUAUUUUUUCCCUCUAGGUCGUGGAGUCUCCAAGGCCAUAAGUCAGUGGGGAUGGGGAACACCCUUUGAUUCUUUUUGGUGCUGCUAUGGAACAGCUACUGAAACUUUCGCAAAGUUGGGAGAUUAUAUAUACUUUGAAGAAGAAGGACAGGCUCCCACUCUUUACAUCAUUCAGUUUGUAUCAAGCUUUCUUGAUUGGAGAUCUGGAAACACUGGGCUUUACCAGAUGGUUCAACCUGUUGUUUCAUGGGAUCCAAAUUUGAGGAUGGAAAUCUUAUUCCCCAGGAAGGGGACUGCAAAGCCAGCCACCUUGAAUAUACGCGUGCCAUUUUGGUCACGGUCAGUUGAUGCUAAAGCAGCAAUCAAUGGUCAAAAUUUGGAUCUUCCACCCCCAGGUAGUUUUCUCUCAGUCACGAAGAAAUGGAAUGUUGGUGAUAAGUUGACCCUUCAAUUACCAAUUACUCUAAGAUUGGAGCAUAUUCUAGACGACCGACCUGAAUAUGCCUCCGUUCAAGCAAUACUUUUUGGACCAUAUCUUCUGGCUGGUCUCAGCAAUGGUGAUUGGGAUAUCCGAAUUGGGAAAGCAACUAAUUCUCCUUUAGAAUGGAUAACUCCAAUUCCUCAAACUUACAACUCCCAUCUAGUUUCGUUCUCACAGGCCAUUGGAGACUCAACUUUUGCCUUAUCAAAAAAUGCUCAUUCCAUCACAAUGCUGACUUACCCUCAACCGGGCACCAACGCAUCAGUUAAUGCCACUUUCAGGAUCAUCUUAAAGGAUCCAACUUUCAAAGGAUUUUCCUUUGUAAAGGAUGUCAUUGGAAAAUCUAUUGUACUAGAACCAUUUGAUCUUCCAGGAAUGGCUGUGGCACACCAAGGACCGGAUAAGAACCUUGUGGUUAUGAACUCUGAUACUGCUAAGGACUCCUCCAGUUUCCGUUUGGUGGCAGGCUUGGAUGGAAACCACAAUACAGUUUCCUUGGAAGCAGAUAGCAAUAAAGGUUGCUUUGUGAUAAAUAGUCAUGUCAGCAGCCAAACUCUUUCCGCAGUCAAGGCUGAUGCCAACAGCACUUUAGGUCCAAGUGUGAAGCUUACUUGCAACCCCACAUUACCGGAAUCUAAAAAUGCUGUGAGCUUUCGGUUAUUCAAAGGUGUUAGUGAAUAUCAUCCUAUCAGCUUCGUGGCAAAAGGAGCAACAAGAAACUUUCUUCUACAACCAAUACUAAGUAUACGGGAUGAGCAUUAUACUGUUUAUUUCAAUAUUACAGUUUAA